CUCGGCUCAAAUCCGCGGAGCGGCUGGUGUGUAACUCGCCGCUCCCUGGCCCAGCCGUGCUUCGCGCAGCCGUCGCGCAGCCACACGAAUCCGUCAGAGACGAGGCGCCGCAAAACGAGCCGGCAAUAGUACAAAUACCCUGAUUGGCGCAGCACAAAAAGAGCUGCACCAAAAUGGGCCCCGGCUCGCGCACCGACGGCGGGUACCAGCGCCCGACAAAACGCGCGCGCACCGGCGGGCGCGGCCGCGGCAAAGGCAAAGCGAGAGGCCGCGGAAAGGCAAGAGCGGGCCAACCGCGGGACUUCGUGCCCGAGGUCGUGAAGAUCGACAAGGCGAGCGCGCUUAGAUUAAAGGGCAAGCAGAUCACCGGGACCGACGCGAUGGGCGGCGGCUACCGCAUGGCGCGCGCGUCGCACGGCACGGACACGGGCUGCUGGUACUACGAGGUGCACAUCGACAAGGACAAGGUGGCGGCGCAAGACGCGGCGUAUCGCGUGGGCUUCGCGCACAAGAAGGCCGAUUUGCAAGGUCCGUGUGGCAUGGACCGGUAUUCGUUCGGUUAUAGGAACAUCGAAGGGUCGUUGGUGCACGCGUCGCAUCGCGUGGACCAGGCGAACGAGCCUUAUAAAGCGGGGGACAUCAUCGGUUGUUUGAUCAACUUCCAGAGCGACGAGCUCGAGGACAUCGAGUCGGACCAUCCCGCCGACGACUCGGCGUUCCCGAAGGACCCCAAGAAGCCCCAGGGCAACUACGUGCGCUACUUCAGGAACGGCAGGGACCAGGGCGUCGCCUUCGAGAACAUCCCGCCGGGCGCCUACCGCGCGGCGGCGUCGGUCUUCCGCACGGGCACGUUCCGCCUCAACUUCGGGCCGCGCUUCAAGUGCUGGCCGAUGCCGCCGGGCCUCGCGGCGCGGCUGCCGGAGGCGGAGCGGACGGCCAAGCCCGUCUGCGAAUUGGUGCCGCCGCUCGACACGCAGCGCGCGGUCCACGCCAUCGCGCAGGCCCGGGCGCAGGAGCUCCUGCGGAUCGAGCAGGCGCGCGCCGAGGCCGAGGAGAAGAAGGCCGCCGAGGUGAAGGCGCAAAAGGACGCGCUGAAGAACGCGCGGCGGAACGCUCGACGAGGCGCUACCAGUGGAAACUAAGUAUAGCACAGUC